AUGAUUGAUUGGGACCCAGAUGAUGAAACACCAAGCCAGCAUGUAACUCCCGGACAUAGAGCCAAAAGAGCAUACAAACCAGAUCCUAAUGUGAUAAUAGACGCAAUAGGCCAGCCUAGAGGCAUACCACAUGAAUUCAAGGCAAGAGAUGAAGUGAAAUCAGGAUUUGAGUCUAUAUUUGUUUGGAUAACCCCAAAUAAGAAUGCUGAAUGGAUUAACUACAUUUACUAUAAUCAGCAAAGAUUUAUUAAUUAUACAGAUGAUGCUCUGAUGGCUCUGGGAGAACAAUUGAAAUACACCAGUAAAAUGACCUGGCAGAACAGAUCAAUGAUGGCGGGUGCAGCAGCCAAGCAGAUGGUGAAUGUGUCUGUAAAACAAUCUGGGGUUGACAUUGGAUGCACCACGACAACUGGAGUGUAUCCAAUAGGUCCAGGUCUCGAUGAGCUGGACGAAUUCCCAGAGGGAGACUGGCCACAACAGGUCCAGCAGGAAGAGAAGGCAGUGCAGGCUGAGCGUUUGAAUGUGGAACAAAAAGGUGCUGUUUUGACUCCUAGUGAGUGUCAGCAACACUUUUUCACAGCGAUCUUCUCUGAGACGGCAGAGCUGAAAUCCACUGUGAAUUCACUGAAGAACAAACUGGAAGACAAUGAGAAACAACUGAAGAACACUGAGGAACAACUGGAGCAGCUCAGGAGAAACGAUUAUAAAGUGGCAUUUGCCGCCACACUUGGAAACAUUGGUAACCUUGGACCUUUCAACACUGAUAUCACUCUGGUUUACAAAAAGGUCUUUGUGAAUGAAGGAGGAGCUUACAACCCAACCACUGGUAUCUUCACAGCACCAGUUAAAGGCGUCUAUUUCUUCACUAUCUCUGGACGUCACCGCUCAAACAGAAUAAUGGAUCUAAGUCUUUUAAAAAAUGGACAACCGAUGUUAAAUGUUAUUAAUCAUCCUCUGGGUGACCGCUAUGAAUCAACAGCUAAUUCAUUCUCUUUGACUCUAGAGAAAGGAGAUCAUGUCUAUGUGCGUCUCCGACACAAUACAUGGAUCUUUAAUAAUGAAAAUGACUUAACUUCAUUUGUUGGCCAUUUACUUUUUUUGCUUUGAGGUCUUAUUAAAGUC